CAUAACCUAAGCUUAGCCAAACAUAAACCAAACUCAAGAGUACCUACCUUCGGACAAGCAUACUGAGACAAUAACCACAUGUGGUGUAACUCAUCCUCACCAAAUCUUCAACUUCCACCGUCUGGUCAAACCUUCACCAAUACAUAGACAUCUCUCUCAUCGGAAAAGGCAAUUAACUGUUCAAAUCAAUUCUCGGCCGAGACGAUGUCGUCUGACAAUAACAUUUCCAAUUCCAAUGCAGCCGUUGACACGACGCCGUUAUUAGGCCACCAUUUCUUCCGGACGGGCCCCCGCUUCAUGCGCCGCCCGCCGAGCCUCCGCGGCGCGUCUCGCUUUAUUCGCCAAGCCAGCAGCCGCAGUCGCGUGAUGCGGGAGCCGUCCGUUAGAGUGCGCGAGGCUGCGGCCGAGCAAAUCGAGGAGCGGCAGAGCGACUGGGCCUACUCGAAGCCGAUAGUGAUACUGGACCUAUUUUGGAACCUGGCGUUUGUGAUUGUAUCGAUUGCUGUGAUGAUCAUGAGCCGGAACGAGUCUCCUUCAAUGCCUUUGAGGCUCUGGAUUUUGGGAUAUGAUCUUCAGUGCGUUUUUCACAUGGCGUGCGUCUGGAUGGAGUAUAAGAAGAGGUAUUCACAGCGAGAUUUGGAGGGGAGCUCAAGGGGUAGCGUUAGGUACAGUAGGAAUUACUCGAAUUCGAGUUCAGGAAGCGAUGAGGUGGAGUCUGGUGAUUAUGCUUCCGAGGACCACCAAAAUGAUGAUGAAACUAGCGUUGCUAAACAUCUGGAGUCUGCAAAUACAAUGUUCUCAUUUAUUUGGUGGAUAAUUGGUUUCUACUGGGUAACUGCUGGUGGCCAAAGUUUGACUCAUGAUUCACCACAACUUUACUGGCUUUGUAUUACAUUUCUGGCUUUCGAUGUGUUCUUUGUUGUUAUAUGCAUUGCUGUGGCAUGUGUCAUUGGAAUUGCUGUGUGCUGCUGUCUACCGUGUAUAAUUGCAAUCUUAUAUGCAGUAGCAGAUCAGGAAGGAGCGACUAAGGAUGACAUUGAAAGACUGCCUAAAUACAAAUUCCGAAGAUUUGGUGAUUUUGACAAACAAAGUGGUGAGAUUCAAGAAUCAUUUGGAGGAAUAAUGACCGAAUGUGACACUGAUUCACCUGUUGAACACGUUCUUUCUCUAGAGAAUGUGGAAUGCUGUAUUUGCCUCUGUGCCUAUGACGAUGGAACUGAACUGCGUGAACUCCCUUGUCGUCACCAUUUUCACUCUGCCUGUAUAGAUAAAUGGCUCUACAUGAACCCCACGUGUCCUCUAUGCAAGUUCGACAUUCUUAAAAAUGGCAAUCAAAGUGGUAAUGAAGAAGUAUAAUCGGGUCCUUCACAUCUCUGACUGGUGGAUGUCAUCAUCCAUACUUCCCUGCAACAAUCAUGCUACAUUGCCCACCUCCUUGACAGAUUGGUUGACAUAAUGCCAUCAAUGGACUGUUUUAAACACCAUCAUCAUUUCCAUUCAAUCAUUUUCAUCCACUUACACAUCUGUCAAGGAGGAUGUCAACAAUCAUAUGGCAAAGUAGAAUAAUUCUCCCUGAAGUACAAUUGUUUUUUGUGUGUACUUAAAUUAGUAUAUCAGUACAUAGUUCCUUUUCUUC